UCAUUAUCUUUUUCACAAUGGAUAUUGCCAAAUUCUCUCAAAUAAAUACCCCAAGGUUUCUCUCCCACCUUCAUCAUCAUCAUCAUCACAAACCCAAUCCUCCAUUACCAAAAUCUCUCUCUUUUUCUUUCUCUCUUUCUCCUAACAUGGCUCUCAAAGCCGUCCAUGUCUCCGAUGUCCCUUCCCUCGAUCUUGUCCCUGAAAAUCCCUCCCUCUCCCUCCUCUCCCCCCGUUUUUCUAGCGGUUUGGAGAUGAGCAAUGGUGAUGGAUUAAAGAUGCCAAAGUUCGUUGUAAUUGGACAUAGAGGAAACGGUAUGAAUGUCUUACAAUCUACGGAUCGGAGAAUGAGAGCCAUCAAAGAAAACUCCAUUAUGUCUUUUAAUGCUGCUUCUUCUUUUCCUCUUGAUUUCAUUGAAUUUGAUGUUCAGGUGACCAAAGAUGACUGCCCAGUCAUUUUCCACGAUGAUUACAUCUACUCUCAAGACAAUGGUAAUGUGUUUGGGAAGAGAAUACCUGAGUUGUGUUUAUCAGAGUUUCUUUCCUAUGGGCUUCAAAGAGAGGCAGGAAAGGAAGGAAAAGUUUUGGUGAGAAAAACAAAAGAUGGAAAGAUAUAUAAUUGGGAAGUUGAACAAGAUGACACACUUUGUACCCUUCAAGAAGCAUUUCUCAAAGUUGAACCUUCUUUGGGUUUUAACAUUGAGUUGAAAUUUGAUGACCAUAUUGUUUAUGAACAAGCUUAUCUCACUCAUGUCCUUCAAGCCAUCUUAAAGGUUGUUACUGAUUAUGCUAAGGAUAGGCCUAUUAUAUUCUCAACUUUUCAGCCUGAUGCAGCGAUACUUGUUCGUAAAUUGCAAAGCACAUAUCCGGUUUUCUUUUUAACUAAUGGAGGGUGUGAAAUCUAUGAAGAUUUGAGAAGGAACUCUUUAGAGGAGGCUUUGAAACUCAGUUUGGAGAAUGGAUUGGAAGGAAUUGUUUCUGAGAUUAAAGGGAUCUUUAGAAAUCCUGGAGCUGUAAGCAAGAUCAAGGAGUCCAAUCUCUCUCUUCUAACAUAUGGAAAAUUAAAUAAUGUUCCAGAAGCGGUUUACAUGCAGCACUUAAUGGGAAUUGAUGGGGUGAUAGUAGAUUUUGUGCAAGAAAUAACAGAGGCGGUUGCGGAUAUGAUGAAGCCAGCAAAGAUUGGGGAGGAAGAGGGUUUGACUGAAGGGAUUGGGAAGAACUCAAAGCCUCAAUUUUCACAGCAGGAGCUUUCUUUUCUUUACAAGCUCAUUCCACAAUUGCUAUUGCUUUAAAAAAGAAGAGAUUGGUUUUAAUUUGAUUUGGGGAACACUGAUGAUAGUUUAGGAGCUUUAAUCCUCUCCUAUUACCUUAACACUUUUAUUAGACACAGAAGAAUUUGGGGACGGUACCAUGAAUGCUUAAUCAUUUGUACAUAUAGAUUUUCUUCUUUUCACUUGAGGAUGAAGGAAAUGGUGAUUAUGUAUGAAAAUUAGUUUGGAGGCCCUCUAUUGAAAUGAAAUAUAUUUGAAAUUUAUUGACA